GCUGCCGCUGUGAUUGGCACAGCCCGCUCCGGCAUAGGAGGAGGCGAGCAGCCGGGGACGCAGGAGCUCCGCUGCGCCCUCCAUCCCCUUGGCAGCAGCGGGAGCGGCGAGCUGCUGGGCUCCGCGGCGCGGGGAAGGAUGCCUGGGAAGAAGUCCGCGGGCAGCGGCGGCGGCGAGCUGCAGGGGGACGAGGCGCAGCGGAAUAAGAAGCGGAAAAAGAAGGUUUCCUGCUUCUCCAACAUCAAGAUCUUCCUGGUGUCCGAGUGCGCCCUGAUGCUGGCCCAGGGCACCGUGGGCGCCUACCUGGUGAGUGUUUUAACUACCUUGGAGCGGCGAUUCAACCUGCAGAGCGCUGGUGGGGUGAUAGCCAGCAGCUUUGAGAUUGGGAACCUGGCCCUCAUUCUCUUUGUGAGCUACUUUGGAGCCCGGGGGCAUAGGCCACGUUUGAUAGGAUGCGGAGGAAUAGUCAUGGCUCUGGGCGCCCUCCUUUCGGCGUUGCCUGAAUUUCUGACCCAUCAGUAUGAAUAUGAAUCUGGGGAAAUACGCUGGGGGGCUGAAGGGAGGGAUGUGUGUGCUGCCAACGGGUCCACCAGCAACGAGGGACCAGACCCGGAUCUUAUCUGCAGGAAUAGGACUACCACCAACAUGAUGUACUUGCUUCUCAUUGGAGCGCAAGUGCUCCUAGGCAUUGGUGCUACCCCUGUACAGCCACUAGGAGUUUCCUACAUCGAUGACCACGUGAGACGGAAAGAUUCCUCCCUAUAUAUAGGGAUUCUGUUUACAAUGCUGGUAUUUGGACCAGCCUGUGGAUUUCUUGGCUCCUUCUGUACCAAAAUCUAUGUGGACGCUGUCUUCAUUGACACAAGUAAACUAGAUAUCACCCCCGAUGACCCUCGGUGGAUCGGCGCGUGGUGGGCAGGCUUCUUGCUGUGUGGUGCCUUACUUUUCUUCUCGUCCCUCUUGAUGUUUGGAUUCCCGCAGUCCCUGUCCCCCAAGGUGGAGCACGCGGUGGAGAGCGAGCAAGCCAUGCUCCCCGAACUGGACUACGAGCGGCCCAAGCCAAGCAAUGGGGUCCUGCGGCACUCACUCGAAGGGGAGGACAGUGCCUCCUGCCUCCAGCAGCUGAGAGUGAUACCUAAAGUAACAAAGCACUUGCUGGCCAAUCCUGUCUUCACCUGCAUCAUACUUGCUGCCUGCAUGGAGAUUGCUGUGGUCGCUGGCUUUGCAGCCUUCCUGGGGAAGUACCUGGAACAGCAGUUCAACCUCACCACCUCAUCAGCCAAUCAGCUCUUGGGGAUGACAGCGAUUCCAUGUGCAUGUCUGGGCAUAUUCCUGGGCGGUCUCCUGGUGAAGAAGCUCAGCCUGUCUGCUCUAGGAGCCAUCAGGAUGGCCAUGCUCGUUAACCUGGUGUCCACAGCUUGCUAUGUCUCUUUCCUAUUCCUGGGCUGCGAUACAGGGCCUGUAGCUGGGGUUACUGUUCCCUAUGGAAACAACUCAGCUCCAACCUUGCCCUUGGACCCAUAUUCCCCCUGCAAUAACAACUGUGAAUGCCAAACCGAUUCCUUCACUCCAGUUUGUGGGGCAGAUGGGAUCACCUACUUGUCUGCCUGCUUCGCGGGCUGCAGGAGCACGAAUCUCACUGGCUGCUCAUGCCUCAGUUUGGUCCCAGCCGAGAACGCUACAGUGAUGCAUGGAAAAUGCCCCAGUCCUGGUUGCCAAGAGGCCUUCUUGACAUUCCUCUGCGUGAUGUGUGUUUGCAGCAUGAUUGGAGCCAUGGCGCAGACGCCGUCAGUUAUCAUACUCAUCAGAACAGUGAGCCCUGAACUUAAGUCCUAUGCUUUGGGGGUGCUUUUCCUGCUGCUCCGUUUGCUAGGUUUUAUCCCGCCACCCUUGAUCUUUGGGGCUGGAAUUGACUCAACAUGUCUGUUCUGGAGCACGUUUUGUGGCGAGCAAGGAGCCUGCGUAUUGUAUGACAAUGUCGUCUAUAGAUACCUGUAUGUUAGCAUUGCUAUAGCCCUGAAAUCUUUCGCAUUCAUCUUAUACACAACCACCUGGCAGUGCUUGAGGAAAAACUAUAAGAGAUACAUCAAGAACCACGAAGGUGGGCUCAGCACUAGUGAAUUCUUUGCCUCUACUCUCACCCUAGACAAUCUGGGGCGGGACUCUGUGCCCCAAAACCAGUCACAGAGGACAAAAUUUAUCUAUAACCUUGAAGAUCACGAAUGGUGUGAAAACAUGGAGUCCGUUUUAUAGUGACUAAGGAGGGAUGAACUCUAUAUUAAUAAUAUAUGGGUCCUUUUUAAUUAAAAGAGAGAGAGAGAAUAAAAUUUAAAAAACAGGAAACUUUUGUCCUUUUCUCAAAAACCAGAGCCAAGGAUUCAGAAUAACAAAAUCUUUAAAAGGGAUCAUUUUUGAAAUCCUGCUGGAGUGCUGGAGAGAACCUCAAACCACUCCAGUUAAGUACCAGCCCCUGUGAUGAUGGUACAAUCUUCCAGGAUAGAAUCACCUGCCAGGGCAUUGGGAGCUGCAAAUCCAGGGUUUUGUGGGAGAACUCAUCAGAUGGACAUUCUUGGGCACCUGGUGAGAAGAAACAAGCAAAUAACAACAAUUCCAGAAUAAGCGUUGGAGACACUGCAUGCCAUUAGGGAUCUGUGCAGCCCUGUCACCUCUGCAAUAUGGGCUAAAGGGUUAGCCAGUCUGGGUGCUGUUCAAAUCCAAUGCACUCUCUCAAUGAUGUCAAAGAGGGAACAGUGCUGGAGUUAUUAAACUACUUACACUCUGUCACCAGCCAUGAGUCCAUGUUAGAUACUUUGAAUGAUGCUGUAUACCCUCUAGCCAGCACACAUUGAUGGUCAAAGGCUCCACUGUCCUUCCAGCAGAUCUCAGAUUUCGGUUUUCUGUGAAUGGCUGUGCUCAGAUCUUUAAAACCCAGUAAAGUUCAAGUCAUUUGCUUACA